CGGGGCAGAGGGCUGGUGGUGGGCAUCGCGGAGCCGCGGUAUAGGGCCGGUACGCUGCACGGGUGACGGGGCAGAGAGGCUGGUGGAUUCCUCUCACGCUCAGCAGGGACCUGGGGAAAGGCCCUGGAAGCCCGCCAUGAGUGGUCGCUUAGCCGUCAGUUCCAGAGCGGGUUCCCCGGUGGAUGGAGAGAUAAUGAGGAAUGCUGAUGUAACAUACCAUGGAUGAUACUUGCGUUGUACAAUGUUCACGUCAAAACAGUCCACAAUUACAAUGGCAACGGAGACAGAAAAUGCACGAGCUCUACUUAAAACAUUCAGUACAGCAUCGGUUAUCUCGAGCGUAGGCUUAGGAAUUUUCUGCUUCAUAUCGGAUCAGUGCUUACAACUUUCUUUAAUACAGAACAAUUACUGGCUUAGGGCUCUUUCAGACAAUGCAGUACAUGGUGUUAUUGGACUGUGGUCUUGGGCCAUUGUGAUUGGAUUGAGAAAGAAGAGCGAUUUUUAUGAAGUACUUCUUGCUGGAUUUCUAUCUUCCGUGAUUGAUGUUGAUCACUUUCUUGCAGCUGGAUCCAUGUCUCUCAAGGCUGCGUUGCAUCUUCCACAAAGGCCUGCACUGCACUGUUCUACAGUGAUAGUCGUAGUGGCUUUUUCACUGAAACUUGCUAUGUGGUUAUUUAGACUUAAGGAUUCUUGGUGUUUUCUGCCUUGGAUGGUGACCAUUUCUUGGGUUUCUCAUCAUGUCCGUGAUGGUGUCCGACAUGGCCUUUGGUUUUGUCCCUUUGGAAAUACAGCCCCUGUGCCAUAUUGGACUUACAUAGCAAUUACAGCCUCGUUCCCUCACCUUUGCUCUGUUCUUAUGUAUGUGACUGGUACUAGAGAAACAAUGUCCAUGUCUCAUGGAAUUGCAAUUGAUGUAUAACUGGCUAUGUAUAUUGUGAUUUCUUGUUUAAGCUUACCACACUGAGUUGGAUGUAUUUUCAUUUACUAACUACUGACCAAUACUUUUUUGUGAAUUUACUUGUGUAUCAGCAAUAUGCUGUGUAUAAUGUUUUAAGAAUAAGCCUUGUUCUCUGAUAAGCAGCUAGAAUUUUUAGAAUUUUAUAUUUCCCCACAGUUUCUGUUGUAACGUGACCUAUGGCUUACACAAAACUGUAGCUGUCUCAGUUAACUGAAGUGCAAAUGUAUUGUGAUUGAAGGUUAGAAUGAGACAGUUUUAUUAUUUAAGGUACUCUGUUUGAUUGUGCUAGUUUUGAAGUGAGUUUGCUAAAAAAAAAGAUGAAAAAUUGUUGUAGCGUCGGCCAUCAAUGUGCCAAAUAGGAACAUAAGUGAUGUGGUAAUUUUAUGUACAAUUGAUCUCUUAACAGAAUGAACACCUUUACUUAAACAUUGCUAAAAGGAGACAGGAAGUUGAAACAUUUUUAUUUUAUACUGAUCAGAACAAGGAUGCAAGAAACAGACUUGGGGAGAAAAGGGACAGUAUUAUAUAGAGCAUGAGAAGAGAAUGCUGAUUGAUUUAGGCUAUAAUUGGCAUAGAGAUGCAGCAAGAACAGUUAACUGUAAAUCUUAAUUCUCAGACUCAACAUGUAGAUUCCGAUUGGUGUGAGUACUAGCACUGAGGUGAAAGAGAGAUUGGCUGCCCCCCACAAUCCCUUUAUGAAAGAGUGCAAAUAUGUACAAAUUCCUUUUUGCCUGCAUUGGCUUCCAGUCUAACUAGCCCGUGGAAGCCUCAGAAAAGUAUAUCCACUAUUGAUGAUCUCCCUGCAACUCCAUGCCAAGGAUGGCCUAAUCCUUUUCUCAUUCAGAAUAAAAUGGCGAAUUUUUUUCCCCCAAGUUUGUUUUCUUUUCUUGUCUUCCACUUCCAAUGAACGUGAUAAAUUUCUGACACAAGCUUCAAUUUCUUGUCUCCUUUUAGCAAUGUUUAAGUUCUGUACCACCAAGCAAUUAUCUGUGUUUUAUGGUUACUAAAUUUGUUAUAAUUUCAAAUUAAAAUGAAUUUAGAUAAGGGAA